AUGGCAACAAAUGUUCCAUCUGAUAAUAAUGCAUUCGCAUAUAAUAGCAGCAUUGAAAAUUUUAUUCUAAUUUGGCUUGAUGCUGAUGUGAAUAGAAUGGAAGAAAAUUUGAAUGCACAAAAAGAGCUACGUACCAUCAUCAAUAAUAUUCAAACAUUCGAAAUUAUUGAUCAAUGUGAAGAAUACAUCAAAUGUCAAAUGAAUCAAUAUCAAUUUAUUCUCAUCGUAAGCGGACGACUCGGUCAAGAAUUAAUGCUUCGUAUUCAUGAAUUUCCUCAAGUUUUAGCAAUCUAUGUUUUCUGCAUGGAUCAAGAAAAAAUUAAUCAAGGAACAAUAGCAUCAAACCAAAUAAAUGAAGCAAUUGAUUAUGGUAAUGAUCUUGCCAUAUUUCAAUUUUCAUUGAAAGAUCUUGUCAAUGCAGGCGAACUUCAAUAUACCGAUAAAAAAAUGAAAGAUAUCGCUAGUGAUCUUGUAAAAAAGUUCAAAGGUGAAUUUAAUCACAAUCUGAAUUUGCUUAUUCUCGACGCCAUACAACCAAUGAUGUAUUUGCUCAAGCGUGAACAAAAUCUAUCUGACUUUUUGGAACCACUAAAAAGUUUACUCUCGAAAGAAAAUAAUAUUCCAUGUAUUAGUCAACGUUGGUUAGUCGACGUAAUGAUGAUCAAUUCAAAUCGAUUUCUUUGUCGACGUUUAACAUUUCUUCUUAGCAAACGUAAUCCAGUACCGAUGAUUCAACCACCUACCAACAAUGGAUACCGUUUUGUAUCGAGUAUCAUUCAUGUCUGGGAUUCAAGUCGACCUAUUUUACUCUCAUUCGGUGUAGGUAAAUGCAAAGGUAAAACUCCUCUUAUUAAUGCCUUGUUCGAAACGAACUUUGAAGAGUCAAUGAAUAGUCCGUACUUUCAUGAAACAAUCGAUAUUGAUUUCGGCUACCAUUUUGUUGAACGACGUUCUGUAAAUGUUGCUGAUAUUCAUGGUAAUAUUUCAAUCGAAACUCUCAAACAUAUUUGUCAAUUAUUCAAUGGUUUUCUCGUUCAUGUUCAGUCAAGGUAUUUCAUCUCGAAUAUAUCGGAUGUUAUUGAAUUUUUAUGUGUGCUUUCUCAUCCAAGUUAUAUUCUAUUGCUUAUACGUGAUCUUGACGAUGAGAAUGGUGAAGAAGUUCAAACAGCUAUCACAAGAGUAUGUUCGAUGUGUUCGAAUUGUCAGAUCUUCCAUUUGCCAAAUGUUGCUGACAAGAAUACUUAUAUAAAUAAAGAAAAAAUUGAACAGUUACGCGAACAAAUUUUUGACAAUGCUGUCAAAUUUUCUCAUUCAAACAAACACAAUAUCCAAAAACAUCUCGAACAACUUAUGAAUAUCGUUCAACAGAGAAAUGCUGAUCAAGAUAAAGUUUUUAUUGAAUCUAUUCGACCAGUUCUUAUUCAUGGAAAAGAACAGGAUUAUCCACUCUAUUCAUUGUUUACUCGUAUGUGUGAUACAAGACUCAAAAUAGCCAAGAUGGAUCCGUAUAAUGCCGAUUUUCAAGAUAAAAAGCUUUAUGAUCUUCAGAGCACAUUGUUUCAACUUAGUGCAGAAUUAGAAAAGCAGCAACGAGCUGGUUUUCAAGCAACUGGUCAAGCAUUUCAAUUUUUCUUCAAACAAUUCAUUCAAAACAAAGAAGAACAAUUGAAUAACUUGAAUUUAUUAUCUAUUGAAUUGAAACAUGAACGAGAUAAGAACACAGUUCUAAAUCAUAUGACAUCGUUCUAUCAACAAUUGUCACUUGAAAUCCAUUGGCGAAAUGCUAUGAUUUGUUCGAAAAAUAUAUCAGAUGCUGAACAAAGAAUACUUAUCGAUGCAUAUUACAAUUAUAUUGAUGAAGGAAAUCCUUUUGAAAUUGUCGAUGGUGAUAAUUUCGAAAUGCAAGGCGAAUUUUUAAUAAAAGUAAUGCAUUUAUUUCAUAACAAAAAAUUUUUUAUUAUGAGUAUAAUCGGACCACAGAAUAGUGGUAAAAGUACACUGCUUAAUUUCUUAUUUGGUACUUUAUUUGAAGUACGUGAAGGACGAUGUACUCGAGGUGUCUAUGGAACAUUAGUAAAAAUUAGAUCGAAAGAAGUUACGCAUAAUCUAAUACCACCUGAUUACGAUUAUAUUUUGUUAAUUGAUACCGAAGGUUUAUUGUCUAUCGAGAAAGGUGACGAACAAUAUGAUAAACGUUUGAUUCUCUUUUGUUUGGCUAUAUCACAUUUAGUAAUUAUCAAUAUUAGUGGUGAAAUUCAUGAAACAUUGAAACAGAUGCUUAUUCUAUGUACACAGUCUCUCAAUUAUCUUGGAGAAACUCGUGUAACUCGACCAACAGUUCAUUUUGUUCUUAAUCAAAAAGCUGAUCCGAACAAAGCCAAUUGUGAGAAACAAGUAAAAAUCAUUCGAGAUGAUUUGAUAGAAAAUGGUCUCAAUAAUUUAAUUGAUCUUGGAUCGAAUAAUUUUCAUGUUUUAUCGACAGCAUUUAAUCGAAAGCCAUUUUUAGAUCCGAAUGGAGAAUGUGCUGCAUUAUCAACCGAUAUUAAAUUUGUUACAAAUGUUCAAAAGUUAUGCAAACUUUUUAUUGAUUCAUCAUUUCAAAUAAUUCGUGAUACUGAUGAUCGUUUUUCAAUACCAACAAAAUGGAUUGAAUUUGCUAAUAGUGUACUUCAAAUCAUCAAAAAAUAUCCAGAUUUAACUUAUUUCAAAGAUAUUUUUGAACGUGAACAAAACAAUAAAAUACGACAAGAUAUUCGAAAUGAUUUUGAACAAUAUUUAUCACCAAUACAAGCUCAAUUGUUAAUCAAUAGAGAAAAAAACAAUAGUAAUAGUCGUAUUCAAGAUUUAUUUCAAAUUGAACAAGAUAAAAUUUUAAAAAUUCUUGAAUCAAAUCUUGAACAAAAAAUAGCAAAAAAUGCAGUAAGUGAAAAUGUUCGUCAACGAUUAUAUCGUUUUAUGCAAGUACAAGUAACAAGUCGAUUUCGUUCAUGGGAAGUGUCAGCUAUCAUGGCAGGUGAACGAGACAAAUUAAAUAAAAUGAUACAUGAUAGUGAUGCUGAACUUCGACAACUUGCCUAUGAUACAACAGGCAGAAAUCAUUUUAUUGAUAAAGCUUCGGCAAUUGAUAAAUUUGAGAGGAUGUGGAAAAAUCGAUUUGCUUGUAUUAGAGCAGAAUUCGAUUCGGAAACUCAAUGGAAACAAUCGAUUGAUUUAGUUUGCCGUCUCUAUGAUGUAUUUGAUCAAGAUGCUUUACCAUCAUUCGAUAAUGUUCUCGUCUAUUUACCUUUUCUCAUGACACUCGAUACGUCCGAUCAAUCUGAUUUUCUUCAUCAAAGUUUAUUAAAAAUCUCUACUGAAUUUAUAUCGAAAGCUUCUAAUAUUAAUCCUCUCGUUCCGCAUACAACAAAUAAAGUUUACACAAUAUGUUUUUCUGAUUUACAGAAAUCGUAUACAUUUCUCAACGAUGAUUUAUUACUAGCAAUAUUUUACGGCGAUAAAAAUACUAGUAUACGAACAAGAAGUAUAUUUAGACUGGGUAUACGCCAAGAUUUUUCUCAAGAAAUUAAUAACAAAUGGCAAACAAUUGUUCGAGUAUCGUAUUGUUUCGAAAUAUUAAUUGAACGUAUAAACGAAAUCUUUGAAUUAAAAAUUAAUGAUGAUGAAUCUUCAACUGAAAUUAUUCUUCUACAAGAUAUAUUGGGAAUAGUCAAUAAAUUAAUACAAGAUAUGAAUCAAGAAUUCAAUUUAUUCAAUUUUUCUAUAUCAAAAAGUUUAAAAAGUAUCUUACAUAUUUGUGUUGUACUAUCGACUGCUCUAUUCUACUAUUAUCGACAUAAAAACCAUUUUAAUAAUAUACUCAUGUCAAUACGUCAAAAUAAGGCUAAAUGGCAACAUCGUUUUCUUCGUAUGGUUGUAAUUCAAGAGAAUGAUGAUGAAAAUGUUGCUACUAAUCUUGUCAAUGAGUUUUCUGAUAUAUUACGUCAGUCAUUUGAACAGAAAACAAAAGACAUUAUUGGAAAAUGUAUUGAAAAUGAACUACUUACACUGAAUCGAUAUUCUAUUAUGAAAGAACUCGAUGAUGCAGUGUAUGAAGCUACAAAUGAUUGGCUUCUGCGCUAUGUUCUCUAUCCAAUGCAAAUAUCUCGUCUAUUGAUACCGAGCAGCAUGACUACUACGACGACGAGUGAUUCUCAUCAAAUAGAUUUGAGUCCAUGGGAACAUUUGCUUAAAGCUGUAAGAGAAUUUAUUCACAUUCGAAUUCAAAAAGUAUGUCAUACUGAUCAAAUGACCAUUAUUGUUUUUGGUAAUAGUGCGACACGAAUUUAUAAUCGAGAAAAACUAAAUCACAUUGAUAUGGAUCGGCUUAAUAUACCGAUGUCAAUGUGUGGUCAAGGUACUAACUUUUCAGUUGCAUUUGCUAAGCUUAUCGAAACGCUAAACGAAAUUAAAAAUGAUUCAACAUGCAAUAGUCUUCGACAAACAAUCAUCUUUCUAACGGAUGGAGAACCUCAAGUUUAUCCAACGUCUGAAUUAGAACGUUUAUCUACCGAUUACAAAUCAAUGAUCACUGAUUUUUGGAUAAUGGGUUUUGGUAAUUAUAAUAAGAAAGUUCUCCAACAAAUAAAUGAGAAAAUGCAAGGCAAGCUAACAGACAUUGAAAAACCGGAAGAUCUUAUAGAAGCAUAUGCUGAGAUUGCCGACUCUUGUGAUACAAAUUUAUCUUGA